AUGACCACCAGUAAAGAUACAAUGUCAAGCAACAAGAAAGAAAGUCAUUUGCCGUUGGAAAGAGAGGUUGUUUUAAGCCCUGAGAAAGAGCUGUUGUUAAAGCAAGCCUGGGUAUAUCUGUUGCAACUAUGGGGAGUUUCUGUAAACGGUGAUAUUGUAUUUAAAGAUGCGCAUCACGGUGACAUCGACGGUUUAAGCACUCAAAUGUCAGCCUUGAGUACAGGCUCUAGUGAACCCAAAAAAAAGAAGACAUCCCUAUUUGGAAGGCUAACUGGUUCUGACCAUCAUGACACUUCUAAACAUGCAACACAUGAAACCGAACAUCAUACCCGUCACACUCAGAUACCUUACGUCAAGGAUGGAGUUCAUCCAGAGUUCACAAAAUUGGAAUUAGAUUCAAAAGCCACCUAUAAAGAGUUUUGGGAAUCUUUAAGAUUGGAGCCCGCUGAUCCAAAUAUUUUGAGAUUUCUAAAAGCUAGAAAGUGGCAUAUGGAUAAAACAAUACACAUGAUUGCAAAGGAUAUGAGCUGGAGAACAAAAUCGGGAUAUGAUAUCAAUAGCAUACUGGAUGGCGGAGAAUAUGAAUUUGUUAAAACGAAGAAAAAAGGUGUUAUAAAGAACUUAGAGCUACAAAAAGCAAUUGUUGCAGGAAAGGAUAAAGAUGGCAAGCCAUAUAUUCUAGCACGUCCAAAAUUGCAUUACUCAAGUGACCAAACUGAAGAAGAGAUUGAAAAGUAUGCAUUGCUUGUAAUUGAGCAGGCGAAACUAUUUUUAAGACCACCUGAAAUUGCACAAUGUAGCAUUGUUUUUGAUUUAGGGGGCUUCUCAAUGUCGAACAUGGAUUAUGGUCCUGUAAAGUUUUUGAUUACUUGCUUUGAAGCCCAUUAUCCCGAAUGUUUAGCUCACUUAUUUAUUCACAAGGCGCCUUGGAUAUUUACUCCAAUUUGGAACAUUGUCAAAAAUUGGCUUGAUCCCACAGUUGCCACUAAAAUUACAUUUACCAAGAAUGUAGAGGAAUUGGCUAGAUAUAUUGAUAUAAAACAAAUUCCAACAUAUUUAGGGGGAGAGUUAGACUUGGACAUGGAACAUUAUGAAAUGCCAGAUGGUAGUAAGGAUGAAUUGCUGAGAGAUGAAGAAACACGUGAUAAAUUACUGAAAGAAAGGGAACAACUAAUCCAGAACUUCCUAAAACUAACUGCUGAAUGGAUAGAAAGUGAUGAUAAUGAAAAACAGAGCAUUUCCAUAAGAAAUAAAAGGGCAUUAGCUUCUGAGAAAAUUACCCAAAAUUAUAUUCAAAUUGAUCCAUAUAUAAGAUCGCGUUCGGCAUACGAUAUCAGCGGAGCCCUAGUUCUACAAUAA